AUGCGAGCGCUGCGCAACUUGUCGCUGGGAUCGUGUCGCAUUGCUACCAGCUUCACUUACCGCGCCCCGACGCACUCUCUGGUAGCGUCGCUCGCAAGAGACCGUGCCACCGCCGCUGCGCGUGCGAGGCCAAACAGGCAUCUCUCUCCCAAAGCGAUCGGCCCCCUUCACGCGUCGAGCCUCAGCCCUACUCUGCUCACAGCUCUUGCCGCCGUAGCCGUCCUUCUUGCAGCCGUCUCCUACUCUGCCAUAGACAGGCCGACGGGGACAGUCCACGAGCCGGAGACAACCAACGCCGCUUUGCAAGAGUCGCUGGCCAUGCCGGCUGAAGUAGCCCCCGGCCGCCCCGGGAACCUCACCCCGGAGGAGGAGGAGAAGCUCCGCAAGCUGUGGGCUCUCGUUUUCCAGAUAUGCGCCGUCACCCCGGAAGAUCGCGGUGUCAAUACAACGGGCGCUGGCGAGGCCGAGACCGAGGCGACCAAGGACGCCGACGGGGACAGGUUGGAGCCGGCAGCCGCCGACAAGACCAAAAAGAAGAGGCUUGGCCUGUUCUCCAGGAAAGGGAAAAAGGACGCUGACGCUGACUCUGUGACCUCGAAGCGCUCCGCGUCUGGCGCCAUCACCCCCAUCAAGGAGAGCGAGGACGACAAGUACGGCCAGACCAAGCACUUCUUCGACACGUUGGCGAGCCAGUCGCCCGAGUCCAUCCGCGCAACCAUCUGGAGCAUGGUCAAGCAUGACCACCCGGAUGCCCUGGUGCUGCGCUUCCUGCGGGCCCGCAAGUGGGAUGUGGACAAGGCCCUGGUCAUGCUGGUCUCGACCAUGAACUGGAGAGCCCACGGCAUGCACGUGGACGACGACAUCAUGAAGAACGGCGAAGCUGCCGCUGUCGAGGGCGAGCAAGGUACCGACGCGCAGGCCAAGCAGUUGGGCCACGAUUUCAUGGCCCAGAUCCGCAUGGGGAAGAGCUUCUUGCAUGGCGUUGACAAGAGCGGCCGGCCCAUCUGCGUGGUCCGGGUCCGCCUGCACAAGCAAGGCGAGCAGUGCGAGGAGAGCCUGGAGAAGUAUACCGUCUAUAUCAUCGAGACGGCCCGCAUGGUCCUGACGCCGCCCGUGGACACCGCCGUGAGUAUACUGGCAUCGGCGUACCUCGGAGCAACCUUGGCUGACCACACGCGUGCACAGACUGUCGUCUUUGACAUGACUAGCUUUUCCAUGGCAAACAUGGAUUACACGCCCGUCAAGUUCAUGAUCAAGUGUUUUGAGGCCAACUAUCCCGAGUCCCUGGGCGCCGUCCUCGUACAUAAAGCCCCCUGGAUAUUCCAAGGCAUCUGGAAGAUCAUCCGCGGCUGGCUGGAUCCGGUGGUCGCUAACAAAGUACACUUCACCAACAAUGCCAAGGAGAUGGAAGAGUUUAUUGAGCCGAGCCGGAUCCUCAAGGAACUCGAGGGAGGUGAGGACUGGGAGUAUAGCUAUGUCGAGCCCAUCCCCGGCGAGAAUGACAAGAUGAAGGACACAGCAACGAGAGACAAGCUGCUCAGCGAGCGGGAGCACAUCUAUAAGGAAUUCGAGGAGGCGACCUUGCGCUGGCUCCAGGAACCCGAAGGGGACGCGGCACAGGCGCACAAGAAACAGCGAGAGGAGAUCGCAAAGAAGAUGCACGAGGACUACUGGAAGGUGGACCCUUACAUCCGGGCCAGGUCGCUCUACGAUAGAAUCGGCAUGCUGAAGCCGAAUGGCGAGGUAGACUACUACCCCGCCGGACCAAGUCCCGGUGCGUCCUCUUCAGGGGCUGGGCCGGGCAAUGUCGAGGCGGUGGUGACCACGGCGGAUGAUGUCGACUAG